GACCACAACAGCACCACAACAACAGCAGAAACAGCCACCCCGCUCCCUCUGUAAUCACCAUCAUCACCACCGUAUUCCCCUUGUCUCCCCACUGCUGAUUGCUCUUCCCCCUCCCUCCCUCAACCCUGAUCUCUUGCCACCGGCGAAUGCUCCAGCGCCUAAGGGAAACAUUGAACUCGACUCUGAGCCAACCCCACCCCUCAUCCCCCGCCCACCCAGUCUAAGAAUAUCCCUGCCAACAACCGACGGGAACCAAGCAUCCUGCGCCUUUCUUCGUUGUCCCCUCACCACCGCCUCUGAGCGUCGUGGGUCCUCGUUCCAAGUGAAACCGCUGUCCUAUCACCUCACUGCUUUAAUCUACCGUGCCCCCCCUGCUUGUGCAUUUUUUUUGCCUCGAAAUUCCUUUUUCUUUCCCUUCCUCUCUGCUCUCACCUGGAAAAAGUGCGAACAAGUGCUGUGUUGCCUUCUGGAAGCCCACGGAAGCGGAAAGCUCUUCAAGUAAACACACACGCACACAGCCUCUCCCUUGGACCUUGCUUUAACUCCUCAUCUCGUUGUCUUUCGACUCAUCCCGCGCUGUUUCUUCUUCUUCCUUCCCUCUCUUCUUUUCGUUAUAUAUCCGCCUUGCUUACCUUUCACCCUCCUCGCUCCCCAGGAGAUAUUUAUCCAUUUUCGUUGAAGCCUGCUACUGGUCUUCGGGCACACACCCACUCUCCAUCUACUAAACCAGGGAGGCAGUAACGGCAAACAAUUGAGAAAACUUUCUACCAUCCCAAUUAUGUCUAUGAUGGACGCGGCUACGGAGUUGAACCAUUUGAAGUUCACUCCCCGAACUUCAGCAUGGAAGCACAUGCAACGCUUUGAGAGGCUUUGUUCUCUAGCAUACCCUCGAGCUACUGACGCUGGGAAAUGGUGAGGCUCACAGCGUGUUUUGGUCUUUUGUUUGCUGUUUUUUUUUUUAAGGGGGUACUGAUGUGAUUGGUCUUGCAGGAGUUUGUUCGUGAAGACGAUUGAUACGACGAAUGUGUGGGGCGCUGGUAGGGGAAUGACGCCUGGUCGGUGGCUUAUGGAUUUGAGUACGUUGAAUAUCCCUGCUAUUUGUGACAUGGCUGGUUGCACCCAAUUCGCUACCGCCCCCCCCUUGCCGAUCUGGAUUGGGUGGGGGGGUUGCGGUGGUUCAGAUAUGUGCACCAACGGCCGCCCUUCGUCACUUUGCUCUCGCCCCACCAAUCUCUUGCUGACAUAUAUUUCAGGUGAGGACUGGCUGAGGAAGAAUCCACACUGCAGUCAACCAGACUGUACCGACUGUGAGUCUUUAUCUACUUUGCCCCCUUCCUAUACCCUAACCUAUCCGUCAACCCCGCUAACGCAUGACCAUCUCAAGGUAAACACGACUCGAUGUCUUUCGACUAUCUCAGGAAUGCUUUCUUGGAAAGAUGGGGCACCGCCAAUACCUCCCCGCAUGGCAAUCUCGGGCAGCCGCUGCGGUCACACUCACUACCCCCUCCUUCGGAAUCUGAUGGGGACCCUUUGGAGGUCCUCACUCCGUCCGAUUUCGUCUCGAACGCGCUCAUCCCGCAGAGGGCCUCUUCCAGCUACAACCCUCCUGCAGCCCCCACCCCACCCAACGAGCCAGCUUCGGAGCGUGAGAGACUGGUCCAGGAGACGAAGACGUCUAUUGCCAUCAACCCUGCCGGCAAUGGCGGUGGACAGAUCGUGCUUCAGAUCACGGACAACAACAAGCCGCGAAAGAGGAAGAAGGAUAUCAAGGCUACCAUUGAUACUCCGCCUCCGCAACACGGUAUGCUCGAAGGCUCCCUACCGGAUUCCCCGGGGGACAGGGAUUACCAUGACCGUGAAUAUCGCCACCCGGAUGACCGGGAUGCUUACCGAAGUGACAGGGAUGAGCGUGAUCAUCGAACCCCCAGAGACCACCGAAGCCAGCAUCGUGAACGCGAGAGAUCCCGCCAUCGGGAUAGCGUCCACGUCAUUGAGGCUGAACCCCCAGUCCUUGAACUGAUCAGACAGCCGUCUCCUCAAUCAGACUACAGACAUGAUCAUUCCCAAGCACUUGUUGAGGUUCCCGCCAGCGAGGUCGAUGAAUCCACCGUUACUGGCGACACUAUGUUGACGGUCCCCUCGCAGCCGGUUCUUCGACCCCGAUUGCUUGAGGGAAAGAUUUGUGCCAUCACCGGAGCCUCGCGGGGAAUUGGCCGGGCUAUUGCCCUAGGGUUUGCCAAGGAAGGUGCCCACAUUGUCGCGCACUACUGGGGCACUAAGAGCGAUCCUGCCAAUGAAGAGAUCGUAUCCUUGUGCGUAGAGAUCAGAAGUAUGGGGCAGGGCUGCACAAUUGUCUUUGGUGAUAUAUCUGACCCCCGAACGAGUGACAACAUUGUCAAACGAGCGGUGGAGACUUACGGAAGACUGGACGUUGCCGUCGGCAAUGCUGGAAUGUGUUGGUAUAGGGAAUUCUUGGAUGUAUGCACCCACCCCAAUCCACCUUUUAAAUGGCCAGGAAAAAUAACAAUAUGAAUAGGUCACCCCUGAACUCCUCCGCCGCCAUAUGGACGUUAACCUGAACGGUAACUUCUACUUUGUCCAAGCCUGUGCUCGGCAAUUCAAGGAGCAGUUCCACGCCAUGCCUAUUGAACCCCGCCCCGAUCCAAUCCCAGACUACUCAAUAAUCUUCAUCUCCUCGGCGACCGCACUUUCGGGCAACGGACACCAAGCACACUAUAAUCCCACCGCCGCCGGUAUCACUUCGCUCAUGCAGAGCACAACUGUUUCCCUGGGUCCCUACGGCGUCCGCUGCAACGCGUUGCUACCAGGAGUCGUGCAGACCAAGAUGAAUAGAGAGGAGCUGCAAGACAUGGAGAAGCGCGGCAGACUCGAGAAGAAGGUUCCACUCGGAAGAUUAGGUGUCCCGAGUGAUGUCGUCGGACCGGCGGUCUGGCUUGCUAGCGAGGGGGCGAAGUACGUCAGUGGAGCACAGAUAACGGUCGAUGGAGGGGCAUUUGCAAAUAACUAGCGCGGGGGUGCACGUGCUGGAUGAGUGGGGGGAUUUAUUUUGAAUUCCUUUCUUUUUCUUUUUCUGUGGAUGUAUGGGCAUUUUCUGGAGACUUUUGCAUCUUUUCCUUAAUCGUAUCUUUCCUUUUCUGUUCUAUCUUUCUCAUGUGUUGCUCUUAUGACGGUGGUUUGAUAAAGGGUUUUUUUCACGCUUGUGUUGGCGAAGGUGUUUUCUCCAUUUGUCUGAUUAUUAUAUUCCUUUAUUUAUCUCGUUUGCUUGAAUCAAGACUGGUUUCGGAAGACGGUUUCUCAUGUAGGUUACAGAUGGACGGGUGGAUGGCCUGUGCACGUUUAAAUGAAAAGAAUUGUGGUUGUG